AAUGUCUUUCCCAACAAGUUGACGAUGGCGCCAGAGGUUAUACUUGGAGGCACAUAUAUCGAACCAAGACAUUGGGGAGAGUCAACCGAGGAUUUAGAGUGACCACCACGACAUCAACGUCGCCACCACGACGGCAAGGUGGGCAGCGUCGGGAGGCUUCACAUGGCAAUCUCGGAAGGAUUUCGUCCGUUAUCGCUUCAUCACCUGCCCAGUUCAUUCGUCCCCCGCAAGAUAUGCAUCUGCGCUGUGCUGCACAACGACGUAUGGGCUUUGGGCCUGGAACCCUUUUUUCAGGGAACCGAGCUUGACCGUCGCGACGCCUCAAUCACCGAGACACGGCAGUUGUUCGUUGAAGGGCCAGAGACAGCCUGUGGCGUCGCCGCCGAUUCGCACACAGAAACACGAUGUCACAUGACGGCAGUUGAACUGAAGACAGUUUUAUAUGACGGUAUUUCUGGUCCUUCUGACGCGACGAAUUGGCAAUGUCGAAUUGAAUCAGGCAGAUUUAAACUUCUUGGCUCUCGACUGACGAGACAGCGACAGGAUUCAGGUGAAGGCUUUCGAGGCGGGGAGGGAAUGAAGAUAGAGCUAACAUCCACAUCCCAUCCAGCGCGGGACAACGGAAACCCGAUCCCUGUGAGGUCUUGGUCCCAGCACUCCAUGCAUCACUUCGCGACAACCCUGAGGAGGUUUUAUGUCGCGAUUGCUGUAGACAUAAGAUCGCAUCGACUGAACCGAAAAUUUCUAUGACCGGAACUGUGGGGGAUGGUGCGCAAAGGUCGGCUCUCCUUGUGCGAGCCUGAAGAUAAAAUCACAGGGGCAUG